AUGAGAAGCGCGCUCACAUCCGUGCUCACUGUUCUUUCAGCAGUCGCUCCUGCCGCCCUCGCCUACCCGGCAGGAAGCAUUUUCGAACGCGCGGCUACUGCCAAUGUAGCCGACGUUAAGGACAAGGAAUUCGAUUUUGUUAUCGUCGGUGGUGGUCUCGCUGGUCUCGUUGUCGCCGCCCGUCUCGCGGAGUGGGACAACACCACGGUUCUCGUCGUUGAGGCCGGUAAGGACGGAACGGACGUCCAGCUUCAGCACGAUGUGCCCGGCUUCUCGUACAUGCGCGGUAUCGCGUACGGCUCCGACUACGGUUGGAACUACACGACGACCGCCCAGUGCGGUCUUGAGGGCGAGGGCGCCCAGAAGAACUUCCCCCUCGGUCGUGGUCUCGGCGGAGGUGCCGCCGUCAACGGCAUGUUCUGGACCCGUCCGGAGGCUCGCGACUUCAACGCUUGGGCCUCGCUGAACGGUGGCGACAGCUGGAACUGGGACGACCUGAACAACUACAUCAAGAAGGCCGAGAACAUUAUCCCGCCCAAGGCUGAGAACCAGGAGCAGUUCCACAUUGUCAACGACGAUGCCGCUCACGGCCACGAGGGUCCCCUCAAGGUCGGCUGGUCUGACUACAUCUACGGUGUUACUUCUCACUGGAUCCCCACCUUUGAGGCUCUUGGCGUCAAGUCGAUCGACAUCGCCGGCGGUGACAACCACGGUGCUGCCAUUAUCCCCUCGACCCUGGACUCUGAAGCCGGUACCCGCUCGUGCCCUCGCAACAAGUACGUUGCCCAGGACAAGCAGAACCUCGUUCUCCUCACUGGUCAGCACGUUACCAAGCUCGUCUUCGAUGAGGCUUCGAAGGACCAGCUCGUCGCCACCGGUGUCGAGUUUGCCUCGGCUAUGAACGAGACCCCCUUCCAGGUCAAGGCCAAGAAGGAGGUUAUUGUCACUGCCGGUGCCGUCGGCUCCCCCAAGGUCCUCCAGCUCUCUGGUAUCGGCCCCAAGUCUGUCCUUGAGCCCCUUGGCAUCACCACCAAGCUCGACCUCCCCGUCGGUUACAACUUCCAGGACCACGUCAUGGUUCUUGUCGAGUACAACUCUGUCGAGGGCACUGAGACCUGGAACCCCCUCUGCAUGAACCGCGAGGCUCAGGAGGCUGAGAUUGCCAUCUGGCAGGAGACCAAGGGCGGAAAGCUCACCUACAUCAACGAGGCCACUUCGUACCUGAAGCUCUCCGACGCCGGCGCCACUGUCGAGGUCAAUGUUGACGAUGUCAUCAACGCCCACGGCGAGCUCCCCGAGAACGUCAAGGCCGGCUACAAGGCCCAGUACGAGAUCAUGCAGGGCUGGCUCCAGGACAACACCCAGCUCGAGUGCAUCAUGAACCUUUGGGGCUCGCAGACUUCGUCGAUCAAGUUCGAGGCUGCCGUUCAGCACCCGUGGUCGCGUGGUUCCGUCUUUGUCUCGUCCGCCAACCCCUUCGACAUGCCCAAGAUCAACCCGAACUACCUCGGUGUCGACGCUGAUGUCAAGCUCCUCCAGGCCGGUAUCGACUUUGUACGCAAGAUGGCCAACACCGCUCCCUUCGGUGACGUCCUGACCGACGAGCUCUCGCCUGGUCUCGAGAACGCCGACCUCGGCGCCUGGAUGCGCCAGAACUGCGGUUCCGAGUACCAACCCAUCGGUACCUGCCCCAUGCUUCCGCAGGACAAGGGUGGUGUCGUUGACACCAACCUGCUCGUCUACGGCACCAAGAACGUCCGUGUCAUUGACUCGUCCGUCGUCCCCAUCCAGGUCUCGGCCCACACCAUGGGUCCCACCUACGGUGUUGCCGAGAAGGGUGCCGAUGUCAUCAAGGCCGCCUACGCCAACGCCGCCUCCUCGACCACCACGACCGGCUCCAACUCGACCGCCUCUGGCUCGGCUUCCAAGCCCGCCUCGGACGCCAAGUCGACCGGCGCCUCCACCGCCGACAAGGCUGACAAGGACGCCAAGCCGUCCGAGAAGCCCGCGAGCGCCGCGUUCCCCAUGACUUACUCGUGGGCCGCUGUCGUCCUCGUCGUCCUCCCCUUCCUCGCCUAA